AAAAAGUCGGUCGAUUCGAAAACUCUGGAGAAAAAAAAUAAAAAAAAAAAGGUUCGCAGCUGCCGCCGUCAUCUUUCGUGUUGCUAGCUGUUAGAUUUUUUACUUUUUUCCACUUCGGUCGAUCGUUACAUUCGUCAGCGUCCGGUCUACAUCGCGAUCGCGCAUUACUCGUCCGCCAAACCCACACACAACCGCCACUGCCGAUAAUGUAUAAGUUGAAGCCGGUGUUCAAGGUUCCAGAAGCUCUAGACGUCCACAUCGCGUGUCCCAUGUACAAGUUGAAAAACCUACACAUAAAGACGGUCGAUUUUGCUGAACAGGGUAUAAAUGAUGUACAAUUAUCUGAUGAAGAGAUCAAUCUAUUAUUAAAGAGACAAAAUGAAGUUAUCAGUACAUUAGAACAGCUUGAACUCAGAUUGAGUAAAUUAGAUACUAAGUUUCCCGACAUUGAAGAGAGUUGUGUACCUGCCUUUAAGAAGCUGUCUGUUUCAUCAUCUCAGUGUCGUGCUGUUCAUGAAAAAUAUAAUAGGAAAUCUGAGUCUAAGAAACUUGAUAAUAGUAGUGUGUCCCAUCUAAUAAAAAACGAUACUGUAAUAUUCGCUGAUCCAGAUGACCCACCAUAUUCUGUAUUGGCAUUACCAAUUUUAUGGCCUGAAAUAUCAUGGGAUAUUUCUUAUCAUGUUCAUUCAACUUUAACAAAAGAUUUGAAGGAGUUAGAAGUCAUUAAAUUAUUCAAAAAAAUAUCUUGUAAAAAGAAUAAAAACACUGUUAAAGUUAUUGUUAUAUGGCAAAAAACUAAACCUAGUCCGAGAAUAGUAAGGUCACCAACCACUGUCCUAUUGGGUGAAGUAUCAUUGUUGCGGCUAUUUAAUCAAUAUUUAGCUACUGAAACACUUAAUGUUGCUGAUCAAAGAAAUUCUGACAUUUUGGAUUUAAUUAAUGAAAUCAGUUGUUCAACAACUGAUCGUACUUCAGAACUAAAUAACUUGAUACAUGGUUCAAACGCAAAAUUAGAUAUUGAUAAUAUUGCUUUGUGGUCUUUGUUAUACAAAAAAAACAAUAACCCACCAAAAACAAAAAUAUGGAUUGAAAAUUUAACAAAACAA